AAGUCCGGCGCGGGGGUGGGCGUGCCCUCGGCCCCCGCGGCCAUGGCAGUGGCUACGGUGGCGGCGCUACUGGCCGCACUGGGUGGGGCCCUGUGGCUGGCCACCCGGCGGUUCGUAGGGUCCGGCGUCCAGCGGCGGCGCGGAAGCGGGGACAGCGCCCUCAUGCACGGGAAGACCGUGCUGAUCACCGGGGCCAACAGCGGCCUGGGCCGCGCCACGGCCGCCGAGCUGCUGCGCAUGGGGGCGCGGGUGAUCAUGGGCUGCCGGGACCGCGCGCGCGCCGAGGAGGCGGCGCGUGAGCUCCGCCGCGACGUCGGCCGGGCCGGGGGCCCCGACGCGGGCGGGGUCGGCGAGCUGGUCGUCAAGCAGGUGGACCUCGCCUCGCUGCGCUCCGUGCGCGACUUCUGUCAGGAGGUGCUGCAGGAAGAGCCUAGACUGGACGUCUUGAUCAAUAAUGCAGGGAUCUUCCAAUGCCCUUAUUUGAAGACUGAAGAUGGGUUUGAGAUGCAGUUUGGGGUGAACCAUCUGGGUCACUUUCUACUCACCAAUCUUCUCCUUGGACUGCUUAAAAAUUCAGCUCCCAGCAGGAUUGUGGUAGUUUCUUCCAAACUUUAUAAAUAUGGAGACAUCAACUUUGAAGACUUGAAUAGUGAACAAAGUUAUAAUAAAAGCUUUUGUUAUAGUCGGAGCAAACUGGCUAACAUCCUUUUCACCAGGGAGCUAGCCCGCCGUUUGGAAGGCACAAAGGUUACUGUCAAUGUUUUACACCCUGGCAUUGUGCGGACUAAUCUUGGGAGGCACAUACACAUUCCGCUGUUGGUCAAACCACUUUUCAAUGUGGUAUCUUGGGCUUUUUUCAAAACUCCAUUAGAAGGUGCCCAGACUUCGAUUUAUUUAGCCUCUUCACCUGAGGUAGAAGGUGUGUCAGGAAAGUACUUUGGGGAUUGUAAAGAGGAAGAACUAUUGCCUAAAGCCAUGGAUGAGAAUGUAGCAAGAAAACUUUGGGAUAUCAGUGAAGUAAUGGUUGGCAUGUUAGAGUAGGAACGAGAAAUGUAAGAGAGCCUUUAAAAAAGGAUGUCACUUUUCUUUAAUCAGGAAUGGGGUGUUUUGAACACUGCUACUUGAAAA